GCAAGCAGAAGCCAGGAGGCGGCGGGAGGCUGCCAGCCAGCCAGGCGGUGGGGGCGGCUCUUCCCCCCGCGCUCCCGCCCUCCUAUCGCCAUAACAACCAGCCACCGCCGAGGUGUCAGGCAAAGCCCUCCAGGGCGGCGGGACUGGGCUGGAGGCUCCGGACUCUUCGGUCCCUCCCUGGCACGCGGACAGCCCGCUAGCCCUCAGCCGGCCGGCUCGCUGGCCAAGGAGGGCAAGCCGCGCGCGCGACCUCCGGCAGGGGGCAAAGCGCCAACUAAUUGGGGAGGGGGAGGCGUGACGUUGCCGACCCCGAGCAGAAGGCACAGUUGAGGAGGGCUCCCGCGGGCGGUCGGCGCGCCCUUCCCUGGGAGGCAGGCAAGGAGGGAGGGUCUCCACGUGAAUUGCAAGUAAGAGAAGCGGAGGCGGCGGCUCAAAGACCCCGCCACUGCACGGAGGAGAGGAGGACGGAGCGGAGACGAGGGAGGAAACCAAGAGAGGGCGGGGGAGGGCGAAGUUUGGCCCGGGGGCUCCUCGCCAGCUGGAGAAGCCAGAAGCGCACCACUACCAGCAGCAGCAAGCAGGAAGUCGGCGUGCGCAGCAGAGGAGGGCGCCCGAGCAGCCGCCGAGCAGGAGGAGGAAGCGGCGUCCGAAGAGAAAGCAAAAGCCGGCGGAGCGGGAGGCAGCAGCCGCGUCCCUUCCUUCCCUCGCGCGCCGGGGUGAGCAUCCUGCGCCCCGCCCGGGCCGUGGUGCGGUGUGGCUAACAUGGCCCAGGAGAACGGCGAAGAGAGCGCCUCGUGGAAGAAGCCGGCCGACGAUAUCAACAAGAUCUUCGAGUUCAAGGAGACCCUGGGAACUGGUGCAUUUUCUGAAGUGGUUUUGGCUGAAAACAGGUCUACUGGAAAACUAUUUGCUGUUAAGUGCAUCCCAAAGAAAGCCCUGAAAGGAAAGGAAAGCAGCAUAGAAAAUGAAAUUGCAGUUCUGAGGAAAAUCAAGCAUGAAAAUAUUGUUGCAUUGGAAGAUAUUUAUGAGAGUCCAAACCAUCUGUAUCUGGUCAUGCAACUAGUAUCGGGUGGAGAACUGUUUGACCGCAUUGUGGAAAAAGGAUUUUACACUGAAAAAGAUGCGAGCACCCUGAUACGGCAGGUGUUGGAUGCUGUGUACUAUCUGCAUAGGAUGGGCAUUGUUCACAGAGAUCUGAAGCCUGAAAAUUUGUUGUACUACAGCCAGGAUGAAGAAUCUAAAAUCAUGAUUAGUGAUUUUGGCCUGUCAAAAAUGGAGGGCAAAGGCGAUGUCAUGUCCACAGCGUGCGGUACCCCAGGAUAUGUUGCUCCUGAAGUUCUUGCCCAGAAACCCUACAGCAAAGCAGUAGACUGUUGGUCCAUUGGAGUCAUUGCUUAUAUCCUGCUCUGUGGGUAUCCACCCUUCUAUGAUGAAAAUGACUCUAAACUUUUUGAGCAGAUCCUUAAGGCAGAAUAUGAAUUUGAUUCUCCAUAUUGGGAUGACAUCUCUGAGUCUGCUAAAGAUUUUAUUCGAAAUCUGAUGGAGAAAGAUCCAAGUAAAAGAUACACCUGUGAACAAGCAGCCCGACAUCCAUGGAUCGCCGGUGACACAGCCCUCAGUAAAAAUAUCCAUGAAUCCGUCAGUGCUCAGAUCCGCAAGAACUUUGCAAAAAGCAAAUGGAGACAAGCAUUUAAUGCCACAGCAGUGGUAAGGCACAUGAGAAGAUUACAUCUCGGCAGUAGUUUGGACAGUUCAAAUGCAAACAUGUCGACCAGUCUCAGUCUGGCAAAACCCCUCUCCGAUGGAACAGCUAAGAAAGAUUGUAUGUCGCCAUCCACUCUCUGUAGUUUUGCAUCAUCAACUUCAUCUGGCAUUUCAGCUGUAGGAGAGAGAAGAACCAGGCAGACCACAGUAACAACAGUGCAUACGGGGAGCAAGUGAGCCAGACCUGUUGCUUCCCCUUAUAGGACGAGGAGGUCAGAAGUGGGGGAUGUGCCCCAGUGGGCACACAAACGGUCAGGCAGGCAGGCAAACCUUCACCUAGGUGAUUUCAUCCUGCUUUACAAACUUGGCAAAGGACUAGAAGAAAAGAAGUUUUUUUUAAUGGCCAUAUUUUAUACUGCAAUUCUGAAAUGUUACAUUUAUCACAGACUGCAAUGACUCCUGCAGGGUGGGAGGGAGGGGUCUGGAUCGAGUCAAAAAGUAUCUGGUGCUGAUUGAAUGAAUCUAGGAAUGUAAUAACUAGUGGACGUAUUAGUUCCUCAGUGAUUUACUCUUUUCUCACUGUAAAUAACUAUACUUGUUUUUUUUCAUUAACUAAAGGUCUCAACUGGAUUAUUUAAAUAGAGUUAAUUUCAAAGCAUUAUUAACUUUUAUUUGGUCCCCCCCCUAUAUUUUCCAGCUGCAUCAGUUUUGUUUAAACUUGCAUUAAUCUUUUCAAACCAUGGAAGUUUCAGAGGCAUUUUUUUCCUUAGUUCUUAACAUUGCAUUGCAAACUUUUCUGGAUUUUGCUGUGAUUGUGGACAUUACUUCCCUCCAGCUUUUCUUAGGGGAAAAGUAAACAGGAAUGAAGGUUGCUCUGAUGUUGCCUCAUUGGUGCUGUGAACCUGCAGUCAGAGCAAUGUUUGAGUGUAAGAAAGAAGGCAAUGAUGAAUAUGGGUUUGGCUGAAAGGGAAGUUGUGCUUGACGCUUGUUCUCAUGUGUUACUUCCUGCCAUGCUCUGCUCUUUCCCUUGCUAAGCCUGCCAUCCCUUCAGCCCUACCCAAUUCAGCUUUAUUCCCUUAAUUUAAUAGGGAGGUGGGAGACAGAAUAUAUUCCUGACAUACAUAUUGCCCAAUAAUGUUGUCCUUGUUUGUGUACAUGAGGGGUCCCCAAGAUGGUGCCUGUGAGUGCAAUGGUGCCCACCAACAUCUUGUCUAGUACCCUCCAAGUUUUUUAGGAAGUGAGCAGGACCAGGUAGGGCUUUUGCCCAGCCAGACUUCUGAUUGACAGUUGGACAUUUGAUUGGCCGUGUGGAUUUUUAAAAAUGUUGCUUUGGCAACAACUCACACUGCAGUGCAAGGAUCUACACUAUGUUCUUGAACUUAAGCUGUGGAGAUCAUUUUGUGGUUGGCGUCACCUCCUGCUGAAGCCAUUUUGUGACAGCUAUUUUGUUGUGCCCACCAACACUUUUCAGAAUUCUAAAUGUGUCCACAGGCACAAAAAGUUUGGGGACUCUUGCUGUACAUGUUGGUGCACCCAUGCUUUUGUGUUCCCAUGAGUAAAACAGACCCAGUGAGGUAAACAAGGUCAGUUUGAGGUGAUAUGGACCUUUCUUGUCUGGGUUCUAUGAAUAUUUUCCUAUGAAUGUUUUCCUUUUUAAACAAUCUAUACCAGGGGCAGGCAGCUCCCAGCAUAUGGGCUAAGCUGCAACAUAUAGACAGUUUGUGCAGCAAACAGGAGUGGUUCUCUAUCCAAGCAACCACACAUAAGCUUUGGCAGUGCCUGCCUGGCCCAGUGGCAUAGGUGAAAGAAAAUGUCAUGACUUAUGCCUGAAAGUGCCUCCCAGACCCAUGUAGCUGCCAGCCAGGUCUGAGGAGAUCCCCAAGGUGCUGACCCUGCUUAUGUGUCUGAAGAAUUGCAUCCCUUGUCUCUUCCCCCACAGCCCUUUUUGUUCGCUAGAAUAUCAACAUCUUCAUGUUUAACCAUUCUGCUCCGUCCUUACCAUCUUGGAUAAUAGGAAGAGCUGCAUAUGUAAACGUAAUGGCUGUUCAUUCUCAUUUUACCAAGGGCUGUAGUUUGUGAUCAGAAGUGAGGAGAAGGACUAAGUAGUGUGAGAUGAGCCAAAUAGGAUGUGCCAAGCCAGUAGAAGUCUAUGAGGCUUAAACAGAUACUCAUUCUUCCAAUUGCUCAUUCAAACAAAAUUAUGUGACCUGUUGCCCAUCACCCAAUAAAGGCACUUUCCUUUGCAUAUUUAACAUAUGCAGGUGUCUAAUAUGGAGUAGACUUGCAGCCUGCAUUUUAUAGCAAAAAUUUCAAAUUUUAGAGAUCCUUGUACCACAAAGCUGGCUUCAUAUUUUGGGGAGCUGGGGCAGGAUGCCUUCCAGUAGCCUCUUUAAGUUUGGCUUUCCUCUCAUGCACACAUGCAUGCACAAACUCACCUGCCUGGAGAAGGGAGUAAAGCACAACUCAACUGACUCUUCUUUCCAGCUCCACUGGUGCAAGCACUUUGCAAAAAGAGCCAAUGGGAUUUAAAGGAACCGCAAGAAUCACAUUCUACUCUUUCUCUCACACAGGCUACCUUGUACUGAAUCAGGCCUUGUUGGUCCAUCAAGAUCAGUAUUGUGUACUCAGACUGUCAGUCUUAGACAAAGGUGUUAGGGUCUUAGGAAGAGGUGUUUUACAUCACCUGCUAUAUAAUCCCUUAAUUGGAAAUGCUGGGAUUGAACUUAGGACCUUCUGCAUACCAAGCAGAUGCUUUACCCCUGAGCCACAGCCAUUCUACAAGUGCUUCUUCAAGCAGCUUCAGAGAAAUGGCCCCAGGUAGUCCUGCAACAUUGCAGGGUCCUCUAAUGUGAUCUUCCCAUCUUGACUGGUUUGGAUAAGAAAAGUGUUUGGUGGGUCUUCUGCCAGGUCAUGGGUUUCAGCAGAAGCCCAGCCAUACCAGCCCUUGACGUUACUCUUCUAGCUAAUCAGUAAACUUCAAAUGGAUUUGGACUCGAGAAGAAAAUCUAGGUCACAGGUUCCGUCGCUCCUUAAAGAACUGCGUCACGAUCAGUUUUGCUUCCAUAAUGACUCUAGUUCCUUAUCUCUGUCAAUCAUCUUUCAGUAGGAAUGGAAAUCCAUAAGUUACUGGAUUCAAUCUCUUGUAAAGGAUCUCCCAGGGAGCAAGACUGUGCCUGCACUACUUUGGAAAGCCACUGCCAGUCUGUGUCAAGAAUGCUGUGUGGCUAGAUAGUGGUCUGGUCUGGCUUUGUAUGAGGCAGUUUUCUCAUAAUCUACUGGUUUGGUCUCCCUUUUGUAGAGCUUCAAGAAUUAUGACCUAGCAGACCCAAAGUCCUUUUUUCAUAUGCGGUCAUUCAUGAGCAGGGCAAGGAAAUAAAAAACCUCUUCCCUCUUUUCAGUAAAACCAUCCAAGCAAUGUCAACAUGCAAUUUAGCCAAUCAAUUUAGCCAAUCAACAUGCAAUUUAGCCAAUCAAAGAUUAAGCCAGUUAUCAAAAUUCAUUGGUAUAUAUAAGGAAGCCAUGCUCGCGGUAUUAUUUUUUUCCACUGAAAUAAAGGGAACUUUAAAUGUUUCACUGACUGACUCAUCCCAGGAACUAAGGACACCCUUCCCAAUCUCCCUUUAUUCCAGGACAUUUGGAUUUUCCUGGCUGUUUAUGUUGUUUCAGUAUCAUCCAGGCAUAGCAUACAAUCCAGUUUGUCUAAUUAGAUCAAAUCUCUCUUCUGUUUUGUAAAUCUGGGAGUCCCACUGAGCAAUUCCUUUUUCCUUGAGAAAAAAUUUACCACUUUUCCCUAGGGCAAAGGCACUUCAUUUGAUUUGAGAACUCAGAUAUAUUCACAUUGGACAUUCUGAAAAGAGCCAGGAAUAGUUUUCCGGAUGCGAGCAGCUGAAAUGUAUACCCUCCCAUUGUUUUAUUUAGAGUGCAUAUGAAUGUAAUAUUCAGACUGAUCUCUUUCUGUCUAUGAUGGAGGCUGUGGCCUUAAUCCUGUUUCAGCAGCUGGAAAAUGGAGCAAAAGUGAGCAAAAGUCUUAUUCAGAGGGUCUUUCUACAGAUGAAAAAAAAUCUGUUUGCUUCCUGGAAAAGAUUUUAAAUUUCAGGAUAGAUAUUAGCACUAGAGAGGGGAACAAGGAAGUGGCCCCUAUUCAGCAAAAAGUAGGGUGUUUUUUUUUAAAAAAAAACUAAAUGGCUGAAAAUUGUCAUUGGAGAAAGCAGGUAGCUUUGAAUUAAACUGUUCCAUGCCCCACUGUUCAAGCAAUGGGUAGUUUGGGGGCAGUGCUAUGCCAUUUGGCUUCCUUUGAACACUGAAAACAUAUGGUGCCCCUUUUAGGGAAGAAGCCAAGAGUGAGUGGUAGAGCAUUUGUUUGGCAUGCAGAAGGUCCCCGGCACAAUCCCCGGCAUCUACACCUAGAAGGAUUAGGUAGCAGGUGAAGUAUAAGAUCUCUCCUUGAGACCCAAGAGAGCUGCUGCCAGUCAGUACUGAAUUUGAUGGACUGACAGUCUGAUUCCAUACAAGGCAGCUUCUCAUGUGUUUGUGUGUAAAUAUCAGUUGAUUUAUAUACAUCCAAUCAGAGUGUAAGUGGAAUCAGAAGGAAAUUCCUACAGCCAAUGGGGUGUAAGUUCAAGGUGUUACACUCUGAUGAGCCAGGUUUAGAUCUCACUAAUUGGGCCGUGUUGGGGCUGUCAUUAGCCUCCUGGUGACGUUCUUCUGAAGCAGAAGGAAAAAGACUAUAGAUGCCACCCUAAGCUCCUUGGCAGAAGGGUUAAGUAAAAAAGUGGUAAAUGGAUACCGUCCUGCAAAUCCACUGUCCUUCAUCACAUCCCCAGAGACAGGCCAUGCACCAUAAUGUGUUUAACUUUCAACAGGUUGUUCAGGCGCUGCAAGCUGCUUUUUUCUUGAGAGACAACACAUAUCCCAAAUAAAUAAAUGCAGAGUUCUCUCUCUGUCUCUGACUGCCAACUCCCCUGUUUGAUGUGCUGUGCCCUCUCACCUUUUCAAGGGAUAGAGGGAGAGAUCUCCAGCUACAAAUCUCCUGUCAGCAACUCCUGCUGAUAAAAUACCCCCACCCUGGAAUAUUAACCUAAGAAAGGAAUCCAUAGUCCCACAUGGACCCAGUUUGCAUAGGAUUGCAGCCCAGGAGUAAAACAUACUUAAGAAGAGUUGGAUUUAUAUCCCCCUUUCUCUCCUGUAAGGAGACUCAAAAGGGGCUUACAAACUCCUUUCCCUUCC